AUGGUCGAUUGUGUUCGUUUGCUGCUGAGGGCAGUUAACAUAUAUAGUCAUUUUAUUGGCCUAAACAACUUUGUAUUCGACACCAGAACAGGUCGCGUUUUCACAACAUGGAUUAGGUUCCUUACGGUUAUCAAUAAAUGGCGCCAGCGCAAGCAACUGAUGCACCUCACUAGAAAAUUUAUCUGCCUUCAUUUGGCUCUUCCGCAAGUAAAGGGAUUACAGCGCUUCUGGCUUUUCUCAAAGAUCUUCAUCGGCCUGACUUCUGACUUCUCCCGUCUCUUGCUAGCCAUGAAUAUAUUGGGUCGCGUAAGCCGCGAACACAUUAUGAAAGUUUUUCUGUUUUCGUGGUCUGUGGCCAUUUUAAAUCUGGCCAUAAUGCACUUUCAUCUGUUGAUUCUUUUCGUAAAGGUACAAUACCAGCUUUUAAACAAGAAAUUGCGACAAAUUAUUCAGGAAAGUGAGACCUUGAGUUACCUUCCCCAGAGAAGGGGUACUGUUAUGACAAGAUGCUGCGAUCUUUCGGAUCAGUUAGAGGAUAUUGCUAGAACCCAGAGCCAGCUGCAAUAUGUUUUCACGCGUUUCAGUGAAUUGCUGGGCAUACAGAGUGCAGUGGUCAUAUGCGUAUCCUAUAUGUCCUUCGUGAUCAACAUAUACCUCUUCUACUAUGAUAUUAAAUAUGGGCAAUGGGCUCCAAGUACAACAUUUAAAUUUAUGGCUUUGGCGUAUACCUGUCGAUUUUUACAAUUUUUGGAUUUCUUUAUUAACCUGUUCAGUACUUUUUCCUUCAUUGAUGAGCACAAGAAGAUGAAAAAUCUUUUGGAGAAACGAACAUUAAUUGCUUCUCGAUUGGAUGAACGGCUCGAGCAAUCUUUCGAGAGUAUGCAGUUGCAGCUUGUACGAAACCCCCCUAAAAUUUGA